GGAGCUACAUCCUGUCGCGGAGACUUCUUAUUUAUUGGCGUUUCAAAACCGUCCCUUUCUACCUCGAUUGCUACUGCAUACAGUUAUAGAAUCUUAGGCAUGUGGUUAAUUGCUGAUUGGCUGUUGAACUGGCGCCAAUGGCCUUGCCUGUAGUCGGUCAUGCGGCUGCAUGUGUCCCUGAGCAACUUGGAGAAUCUCACCGUCGGCCAGGCACAGAGCCAGCUCAUCAUAUCUUCCAACGACCCAAGGAUAGCGCCCAUAAUCGUUGCGUACAUCUAGCGUGUAAGAGGCACAUCCAACCUUAUGAUGGCGAAAGACGAACUCUGGAAAGCAUUUGACGCAGUCGUCGGAUGGCUGAAGCCCAACUUUCCCUCUCCAAAAACAGUCCUGCGUUUGACAUCACUAGGAGCCUCCCAAAUCCCGUUCUGGAAUAACCAGCCCAUUGGGCAUACGCCAGAAGUGGCAGAAUUCCAUUCUUGUCCGAAUCCGCAGCUGAGUUGCAAAGUUGAGUUCAAUUCACAGGAUACAUGUUGCUUCAAUUAUCCUGGUGGACAGCUUCUACAGGUGCAACUCUGGGACGUUGAUCCACCCAGAGGACCUGAGGAUGGAUGGACAAUCCAUGGGCUAUGGCCUGAUCAUUGCGAUGGGAGCUUCGACCAAUUCUGCGAUGACAGUCGUCGCCACCAGAAUAUAUCCGCUAUCAUUGAGCAAAGUGGCAAGAUGGAGCUAUUGGAUUUGAUGAGAGCUCGCUGGAAAAAUAUUCGUGGCGAUGACGAGCACCUAUGGAUACAUGAAUGGAAUAAACAUGGGACAUGCAUCAGCACUCUGGAGCCUCGUUGCUACCCGGAUUACGUUCCCCAGCAGGAAGUUGUGACGUAUUUUCAGAAGGCAGUUGAUUUAUUCCUCAAGUUGCCGUCUUAUGAGAUUCUUUCCGCCGCUGGGAUUGUCCCAUCAGAAACGGAAACUUACCAUCGUGAUGCGAUAGAAUCUGCCUUGAAAAAAGCCCAUGGUCAGGACGUUAGGAUUAAAUGUCAACAUGGCAUGCUCAGUGAGAUAUCUUACAACUUCAACGUUGCAGGGCCAUUAGAGUUGGGAAUAUUCAUUCCAGCAAGUCCAGUUGGUGCCGCAUCCAAUUGCCCUCUGAAUGGAAUCCGUUACAGGCCCAAGAAAACGCCGCGUCAAGAGCCAUCUCCUACAAGGAAAUUUCCGGAGCCAACUGGAGCGCCUCCAACAGGAACCCCGUUUGUCGGUAAAGGGAAGCUAAUGAUACAGUACUCGGGAAGACAGCACGGUUGUAUCAUCAGUCGUGGAGGCUGGUUUGUCUCCGGGACAUGUGCGACGUUCCACGCCGUACCAGGCCCUAAUAAUGACUUUUUCCUCAAAUCAAGCAGAGGACUCUGCGCCUUCGAUGAUGACGAUGGCUUCAUUUGCAGCGAAGACGUAGACAACCCAACUGCAUUUACAGCGAUGGACGAAUUGCUAUCCCUCGGCGAACAAACUGUAUUUUACUCGGACGUCGUCCCGCGACGCCGAGGCCAAAGCCCUAUCUACGAAUCGUCAGAACAGCAUCCACUAUCGUUGGAAAUUCACUGGCGUGAGGCUUAGGUUGUCUCUCGCUUCGUCCACCUCUUUCGCUUUCGUUUUUAAUGUUGCUGAUUUCUGUCGGUAUUUAUAAAUAUAUAUAUAUACUAUCUCUUACUGAUGAACUCAGUUCGUUUCUAUGGCAUUUCCUUAUACACAUAUUUUAGAUAUAAUUAAUUAUCUUCUACGAUGAAGGGGGUUUCGGGGUGGGUCCGGACAGAUAUUUAUUGUAUUCUAGAGCUAGAGAAUAUAAUCAAUAUGGAUUUAGAUUUACU